GAGUGUUCUCAGUCGCCGCUGGUACGAGGGACACAGCCAUUGCGCCUUUUCAUAAAUUAGUAAACUGAUGCCCCGCCUCCGCCCCCACCCUGCGGAGGAUGCAGUCACAGAGAAGGGUCCUGGGACUCGGACUUCCAGCCCAAGGUGGCCUGGGUUGAGGAGAAGCCUUGUGUGCUGGCCAUGAAGACUCUCCGGGCUCGAUUUAAGAAGACAGAGCUGCGGCUCAGCCCCACCGACCUUGGCUCCUGCCCACCCUGUGGUCCCUGUCCCAUCCCGAAGCCAGCAUCCAGGGUCAGACGCCAGAGCCAGGACUGGGGCAAAAGUGAUGAGCGGCUGCUGCAGGCUGUGGAGAGCAAUGAUGCCGCCCGGGUGGCCUCCCUCAUCGUGCGCAAGGGUCUGGUGCCCACGAAGCUGGACCCUGAGGGCAAGUCCGCAUUCCACCUGGCAGCUAUGAGGGGUGCAGCCAGCUGUCUGGAGGUGAUGCUGGCACACGGCGCCAACGUCAUGAGCACAGACGGGGCAGGUUACAAUGCCCUCCACCUGGCUGCCAAGUAUGGGCAUCCACAGUGUUUGAAGCAACUGCUCCAGGCAUCCUGCGUGGUGGACAUUGUGGACAGCAGUGGGUGGACGGCCUUGCAUCAUGCAGCGGCUGGUGGCUGCAUCUCCUGCUCAGAAAUGCUCUGCUCCUUCAAGGCACAUCUGAAUCCCCGGGAUCGGUUGGGUACAACGCCCCUCAUCAUAGCAGCUCAGAUGUGUCACACCGAUCUGUGCCGCCUCCUCCUGCAGCAGGGGGCUGCCGUGAACGACCAGGACCUGCAGGGCAGGACAGCCCUCAUGCUGGCCUGUGAGGGGGCUAACCCUGAGACAGUGGAGGUGCUGCUGCAGGGAGGGGCCCAGCCAGGCAUCACCGACGCACUGGGCCAGGACGCUGCUCACUACGGCACCCUGGCAGGGGACAAACUUAUCCUGCACCUCCUGCAGGAGGCGGCCCAGCGCCCCUCUCCACCCAGCGAGGAAGACUCGGGGGAGGCAUCGUCCCAGAACUCUGUGUCCAGUCAUGAGAAGCGGGGGGCUCCCAAGAAGCGGAAGGCGCCUCAGCCUCCCACCAGCACCCCGAUGCCGGAUGAUCGAGAUGCCUAUGAGGAGAUUGUGCGGCUGCGACAGGAGAAGGGCCGCCUGCUUCAGAAGAUCCGGGGCUUGGAGCAGCACAAGGAACGGAGGAAGCAGGAGCUGCCAGAGGCGGAGGCCAGCUCCCUGCACAGCCUGGAGAGACAGGUGCAAGAGCUACAGCAGCUGCUGGCAGAGAAGCAGGAGGAGAAGGAGAGUCUGGGACGGGAGGUGGAGAGCUUGCAGAGCCGGCUGUCCCUGCUGGAGAAUGAGCGGGAGAACACCAGCUAUGACGUGGCCACCCUGCAGGAUGAGGAGGGUGAGCUGCCCGACUUUCCAGGGGCCGAGACAUUGCUCUCCAAGCAGCUCAGCCCGUCAGCCCAGGAGCUCUUGGCCUCGCUGCAGGAACAGGUGGCCACCCUCACCAGACAGAACCAGGAGCUGAUGGAGAAGGUCCAGAUCCUGGAGAACUUUGAGAAGGAUGAAAUGGAGGCAAAUGGAUCAGCCGAGGUCGUCCCUCUGGCCCUCUAUGACUCUCUCCGGGCUGAGUUGGACCAGCUGCGCAGGCAGCAUGCCGAGGCUGUGCGGGUGCUGGAGCAGCAGGAAGUACAGGGGACCCCCAGAGAAGAGAAGGGAGCCGCUGGGGAGCGCAAGGACACAGGAGCCAAGACCACCCAAAAUGGCCCAACGGAAAUGGAGAUUGAUGGCAUCGUGGUUCCAGAAACAAAAGUGAAUGGAGCUGAGGCCACAGAUGAUGAGGCUGCAGAAGCUGGAACCACGGAAGCCAGGACUUUGGAAGCAGCGUCCACAGGGACCGAGGUCAUGGAAACUAAACCCACGGACAAUCAGGCCAUGGAAACAGAGGGCGCGGGAGCCGAGGCUUUGGAAACAAAGGCCACAGGGGCUGAGGCCACAGAAACGAACGCUCUAGGAGGAGGAGGAAACCUGGAAGCACAGGCCACGGGAGCAGAGGCCACAAAUAUGAAAGCAGAGGAACCAGAAAUGAAGGCCAAUGGAGUGAGUGAAGUGGAAGGAGAGCUCAGAGGCACAGAGACCACAAAUGUGGAGGCCACGGGAGUGGAGGCCACCACCCCUAGUGUCCCCACUGGCCCCGUCCUACACCCUGGUGCUGCCGAGGCCUCGGAAAAGCUGCAAACCGAACUGGAGACUAGGAUUCGUGGCUUGGAGGAGGCCCUGUGGCAGCGGGAGCGGGAGGCAGUCACCGAGCUGGAGGCAGCCCGUGGCAAGUGGGAGGCCACGGAGGCUGAGACUGACCGGCUGCCGGAGCGGGGGGGUGAGGCUGUUGGUGGUGGCAGUGGUGACAUGGUCCAACUGCGGGCAGCCCUGGAGCAGGCCCGGGAGGACCUCCGAGACCGGCGGGGCCUGCGGGCAGAGCUGGCCCAGCGGGAGGAGGUGAGGCUGGAGCAAAUCCGGGAGCUGGAGGUGCUACGGGAGCAGCUGGCCACUUCCACGGCCACUGAGGAACAACAGCGGGCAGCUGCCGCUGAGCUGAGCCAAGCGCGGGAAGCAGCAGAGGCCCGGGCUGCUGAGCUGGCCGAGGCCUGCGAGGAGGCUCGGCGGGGCCUGGCAGAGCUGCGCGAGGCCUCAGAGGUGCUCCGCCAGUCAGCAGUGCCAGCCUCGGAACAUCACCGGCUGCAGGAGGAGGCCCUUGAGCUGCGGGGCCGGGCGGCCAGCCUGGAGCAGGAGGUGGUGGCCACGGGCAAGGAGGCUGCCCGGCUGCGGGCAGAGCUAGAGCGGGAGCGAGUGGGCAGUGUGUCCCGCUUGGAGCACGAGCGCAUAGUGGGUGCACUUCAGGCCGACGUGGCCCGGCUGCAGGGGCAGCUGGAGGAACUAGGACGCCGCCACGAAAAGACCAGUGCUGAGGUCUUCCAGGUGCAGCGCGAGGCCCUAUUCAUGAAGAGCGAGCGGCACGCAGCUGAGGCCCAGCUGGCCACGGCAGAGCAGCAGUUGCGCGGGCUGCGCACAGAGGCUGAGAAGGCCCGCCAGGCCCAGAGCCGCGCGCAGGAGGCCCUGGACAGGGCCAGAGAGAAGGACAAGAAGAUCACAGAGCUCUCCAAGGAGGUCUUCAGUCUUAAGGAGGCGCUGAAGGACCAGCCAGCAGUCCCGGGCAGCUCCGAGGUGGAGGCCCUCCGCGGCCAGGUGGAGGCCCUGCAGGGGCAGCUGGAGGAAGCUGCCAGGGAGCACAGCGCAGUGGUGGCCUUGUAUCGGAGCCACCUCCUACACGCCAUCCAGGGCCAGAUGGAUGAAGAUGUGCAGCGGAUUCUGAGCCAGAUCCUGCAGAUGCAGAGGCUCCAGGCUCAGGGGCGCUAAGCCCCGGCACGCGGGCCCUGCUUGCUGGGACCUGCACAGGGCGAGCUGGGGCCCACG